AUGUUGGCUCGAGCAGCACCUAUAGAAGAUGCUGUUGUUUACAAUGGCAGCCCCCGUUAUCCGGCUUGGUGCACCGUAGGGGAGAGGGUGACGGCAAAGCCUUCGCGUGGCCAUCCUUCUGCGUCGCGUCCAGAAACAAAUUACUGCGGAUCACCUGGCAACCUCCACCUUUUUGCUCUCAACUCAAUCGAUCGACUCGCAUGGCGUGCGUGCUUUUCCUACUAUCACGAUGUUUUGGCCAAACGACUUGGGGGACCUAAUGGUGUGCAUUGGAAACUCUUUGCCCCCUCACCAGCCCGGUUUCCACACAAGGCUUCCAUGAAUCCCAGCAGAUCUUGA